AUGGAAAGCUGGAUGGACAAUGUGAAAGAGUUGAUUUCUUUCACCAUGGAUGAGCUCCUCACAUCAACCCUCAACAGUCUGACGGAGGAUCUCUGUGUCGUCGUCUACCCACCACCACCAACGGCCAUACCGGUAAAGGGAAUGAUAAUGAUUAUGAUUAUUGGAGGAUUUGGUAAGCUGACUAUGUCACAUCAUCACCAUCACCGUGUGAACUCCCUCCGAGAGAGAGAGGAAAUGUAUGUGGGGCCUUACAAACUUGAGAAAACCUUGGGAAAGGGACAGACAGGUCUGGUAAAGCUAGGCAUACAUUGUGUGAGUGGGAAACGAGUGGCCAUCAAAAUUGUAAACAGAGAGAAGCUCAGUGAAUCAGUAUUAAUGAAGGUUGAGAGGGAAAUCGCAAUCAUGAAGCUGAUAGAACACCCUCAUGUCCUUGGGUUGUUUGAUGUCUAUGAAAACAAAAAAUACUUAUAUCUGGUGCUCGAGCACGUCUCAGGUGGGGAACUCUUCGACUACCUGGUUAAAAAGGGAAGACUCACUCCCAAGGAGGCUCGAAGGUUCUUCAGACAAAUCAUCUCCGCACUAGAUUUCUGCCACAGCCACAAUAUAUGCCACAGAGACCUGAAGCCUGAGAAUUUGCUUCUAGAUGAGAAGAACAAUAUCCGGGUGGCAGACUUUGGGAUGGCAUCCCUUCAAGUGGAGGGGUCAAUGUUGGAAACCAGCUGUGGGUCUCCCCACUAUGCUUGUCCAGAAGUGAUUAGGGGAGAGAAAUAUGAUGGUAGGAAGGCUGAUGUUUGGAGCAGUGGUGUCAUACUGUAUGCGUUACUAGUGGGAGCGCUUCCAUUUGAUGAUGACAAUUUGCGACAGUUGUUGGAGAAAGUGAAGAAGGGAGUGUUUCACAUUCCCCACUUUGUGCCUCCAGACUGCCAGAACCUGCUGCGAGGGAUGGUGGAGGUGGACCCAGAUAAACGUCUCACAUUAGAAGAAAUUCACAGACAUCCGUGGGUGACCAUGGAAUGUCAAGAUCAUUUAGAACUAGAAUUGCCAGUCGUUCAAGUUGUACAGACGUCAAUUAUACCAAAUAUAGAGGAUAUUGACCCAGAUGUUUUGUCUACAAUGAACUCACUACAGUGCUUCAAGGACAAGGACAGAUUAAUACAAGAACUGCUGAAUAGUCGCCACAACACAGAGAAGGUGAUAUAUUUCCUACUGUUAGAUAGGAAACUCAGGAACCCUUGUGUAGAGGAUGCGAUAGAAAUACGUCACAGAUCGGAGUCCGCGGACCCACCUAGGAAAAGGAUCGAUGCAGUGCAGUUGAAUGGCCAGCCUAGAUUGUCCCUUGGAAGUAUUAGUGAAGGCUCACCUACUGCUGGCAGACGGGCACUUGCUAUUCAAAAAGCUCGCAAGGCAAGUUUGUCUUCAGCCAGUUCAAAUGGUUCACCAUUGCUUAGUCCGAAACUCAGCCGUGGUCCUUCCUCCCAUAGCACAGGCCCUACCCCACCCACCUCUCCAGGGGUGCAGAACACCCCAUGGAAAUCCAGGCUACACACCAUCAAGAACAGCUUCCUGGGCUCACCAAGGUUCCAUAGAAGAAAACUCCAAGUGCCUAGUGAGGAUUCCAUGACAGGAAUGACUCCGGACUCCUCACCAGAAAUGACAAAGAAGUCCUGGUUUGGGUCUCUGAUGGGCUCUGAUAGAGAGGAGCAUCACUUUGUUAUGGUGCGCGACAAACCUCUCUGCCAGAUCAAGGCCGACCUCAUUCAUGCAUUCCUCUCAACUCCUGACCUAUGUCACAGCGUAGUGUCUACUACAACGUUCAGAGCAGAGUACAGGCGCUCCGCAAGUUCCUCGGUAUUUUCACGCAACGUGCGUUUCCAGGUGGACAUUACUCCAGCCCAUGGUACCUCCAGGGACCACGAGAUCAGCAUGUACUGCCUCACUUUCACACACAUCUCAGGUCCAUCCCGCCGGUUCCGCAGGGUGUGUGAGCAUAUCCAGAAUCUGAUGCUGGGCCCGCGCGGGGAUGCGCUGAGUCAACGCAAGAUCAGCACCGACAGCUCCUCCUCCUACACAUCUGAGUGCAGUGCCUCCCCCACACACAGCAUCUCCGUCACACGAACUGAUUGUGAUGAUGAGACCCCAGUGUUUGAUCGAAUAAGCAAGACACCUACCCCCCAGCGGAGAGACAUACCUCGGGUUAUAACAAAUGGGAGACGAGUAAUUAUAGACCCAUCUUUGAAACGUAAAGACAAGAUGUAACACAUGGAUGUAUUGUAGACUUUCAGACUAUGAAAACAGAUUGAAUCUGUGUGGAGUGUUGUGCAUCAUAGGUUGUGGCAUUUAUACCAACAAACAUCCGUGUCCUUUGUGAAAGCAGGAGAUGAUAAAUAAAAAAGAUGUUCAUUAAGUGUGGGGAAUAUUUAUGUACUGUUCAUAUACACUACAAUCCAGCGUUGACUGAAACAUGGCCGCACACUGGGAAAACCAUGUGCAGCUUGCACUGCUCAUCAGGGAUGACAAUGUCUGCCUAGACUUGAUUUUUAGCUCGGCUGUUUUCGGAGAAAACCAGAAGUAUUGUCAUAGCCAGCUCGUCGUUCGGCGUCUGCCGUGCUAAAACCUCAACAUUGGCUCUAAAAUAUAGGUGCUUCCACCUACAACUUUGAAAUUUCAUACGUAGAUGCACCUUGAUGAGUUAUACGCGCCGCACCCAUUUUUGGGUCACUAGGUCAAAGGUAAAGGUCACUGUGACUUCUGAAAAAAAUAAUUUCUGACAAGCUUUUAUUUAUUCAAAACUGCACCUGCAGCCGAGCGUUGGCACCCGUUAUGCGGUGCUCUUGUUGUUUUUAGAUUUCCUAGAUUUUAUUAAAACAGAAAAUUCCAUUAAAGCAGAAUGGGUCUUGUCCUUUAUAAGAGUGUGCUGACUGCACAGGCUAAUCUGGGACAGUACUUUGCACACAUGCAUAAAGCUUGGUUUUCUCAAAGCCCGGCUCGUAUAAAAUGCAUAAUGUUCAUAAAUAGAUAAUGGAGAACCAGUUACUCAUAACAAACCACAGAUGGGACUAUUGGUAAUAGCAAAGAACUGUGUACCUUUCAAACAAUAUGGCAAUGGAAGAAAAUUUGCCAGUGUCCUUCAUAAACAGGUUGGUGUCCCAUGAUGGGAUGACAGGAACCUAUUGUUUAAUGCACAGCACAUUAAAUGUGAACAUAUUUUGCAUAGAUCUGUGUAAGGGUGUCUGUCCCACCUAACAUUAUGCAGAAAACCGUUCCGUCAUCUUCUGCUGCUGACAUUUGUACAUGACAGUGAAUGAGUGUGUCUUCUAAACUAGCAGGCUUAUUGAAACAGACAUAUUAUUAUGCUGUAAGCUCCUUUGUUAGUACAACUAAUUCAGUGUGUUAAAUAGACAACAUAUUACAGCUAAUGUUGGAAGCAAUUAAUGUGUAAUUCAUGCAGCAGAAUUGAUUUCUGUUUUCCUGCUUGAUAUGAAAUCCUACACUUUUCACUCACUUAACCCUAUACCACUUAGAUACGUAUGUUCACGCAUUUGUUGUCCCUUAGAAAGUUAUAUUUAAUUUAAGACCUUUCUUGCUAGAUUCAAAUUGUUAAGGCUUCAUCUCCAAUCCAUAUAAUCUGAUAAGCAGCAAACUGAAUAAAACGUGAACAGACUGUGAGUUACUUGCAGGCUGUUCUGGUUUUAUGCUGUUUGCAAAAGCCAUUUUCACUUUGCCUCCGAGUGCGAAAGGGUUAAACUAAGACCUGCUUAUGAAUACUAAUUUUGUUACAAGACAAACUGAACAAGUUGUAAUGUAGCAAACACUUUCCUUCCCAUUGAGGAAAACACUUAUGUUGUGUUGGCAAGCUUACUACUAGUUGCAACCAGGAAGUGAAAUAGCUUAGUUAGCCAUGCGGUUGACUGGAGUACAGUUCCUAGACAACCAAACGUAGUGUCAGUCUGCUAUCAACAGUAGGGGUAGGAGCAGAUUAAUUAUUGUAAAGUUCUUUUUGUUUUAAUUUAUCAGUCCUGUACAAUUUGCUCACAUUGUUAUCAUGCAUUUAGUAUUACUGAGACUUUUCUUUCUUGCAAUUAAAACGUCGUAAACUAUCAAAUGAAAUGUUGUGUUUGAUUGGGCGGAUACUGUCUCCAUCUGUCUUCUCCAGAAUAUGCACUAGGAAAUAUAAAUGUGUGUUCCAACUGUCAGAAGCACUGUUAGUUAAAAACUAAUUAUCAGUCACUUGUAAAGAAUAUGUUUGAUUGUGACAUCUCCCGACAUUGUUAUGUAAGUUUGAGUGUUUUGUUUGUGUUCAAGUUUUUUGCUUGAGUCGCAAUCAAUCAUCUCAAAUGAAGUGAAUGAAGUAAAUAAAGGCAAUUAUUAUUUAUAUGUAGCCAUAAUCAUAAAAGAUGAAAUUUUAAAUUUAAAUUAAUUUCUUUUAAUGUAAUAACAAUGCAAAUGUUCUGUUCAAUUAACAUGUAUUGAUGUUUGUAAAGCAAAUUUAAUAAAAUAGAGCUUACAUAUUUUGUGACAAGAUUGGUUCAAAGUAAAACUAAGUUGAAAAUUGGCAUAAACUGUCAAUACAAUAUAAACCAAAAGAAUCUUAAACCACUGUUAUUUGAGAUAUACCUCAAUGAUAGACAAUGGGCCAUAAUUAAUGUGUUGCAUGCAAUGUAUGGAAGUGUACAAAAUGGCUUUGAGUUCUAUACAUAAAUACCUCAUUUAUCUUCGUAAGGACCAACAUAAGAGACCAAUGCUUGUUAUAUUGUGUCACCUGAAAUAAGUCAAUAUUGGCAGUCUAUUGUAAGAGUAGGCAAAACAGGAAGGAUUACAAUCAUAGAGAGUUAUUCUACACUGAUGAUGUUAUGGAUGUUGGUACAUGUUAUUGGAUCUAAUAUUUUGAGAAUGGAACAAAUGUAGCAAUAUACAAUUCCCAAGGAAAUAUAGGCUCAGUUAAGAAUAUUAAUAAGUAUUUUGUGUAAAUCUUCUGAUCUCUUAUUUUUCACAUAACAAUACCAGGCAUUGCUUGUUUGUUUGUAUUGCUUUUUAUUUAUUGCCCAUGUAUAAACAUUUAUCUUCUGAUGCAUGUCGUUGUUUUCUUCUGUCUUUGUUAAAAUCAUGACAAAAAUGUACAGAUUGCAUUGUGUCUGAUGGUGUGCAAUAAAUAGAAUGUGCAAUGAAUACUUCUCAACUAAGUAUCAGUAUGUUGAAACAGCAUAAAAAAGCCCAUAAACACUCAAAAUCAGCAAAUAUUUUGUACAUUAUUUCGAAAAAUAAAGUUUACACUUCAACAAAUCAAGGUUUC